AUGGUGUUCAAGGCAAUUCCCAAGGUUUUGACUAUUGCUUUACUCAAGCAUGUGACAAAGGUUAUUAACUUUUAUCCUGCAAAGGAGGGAAUUUCGAAAUAUUACAGUCCACAUAUGAUUGUGAGACAAAAACCGGUGGAUUUUUCAAAAGAAUGUGUUGCUGAAAUUGGAUCCUUUGUACAAGGAUAUGGUCACACGACCAACAACAGUCAACGAUCAAGAACGAUUGAUGGUAUUUAUCUUGGAGUAAAUGACAGCAUACAAGCGGGACAUAUGUUACUUGAUCUUAAUACAAAAAAGACAGUAACAAGACCCUAUGUAACGGUACUUCCGAUCACCAAACAAGUGAUCAAAAUUGUGGAACAAAUGGCACACGACGAGGGCGUUUGUGAUUUGCGUACUUAUCAUUGGAAGAAUGGUGAAAUCAUAUUGGAUGGUGAUUUGCUCGCAGGAGUGGACCCAGAUGAACUGUGGGAUGAUACAUAUAUUCCACGCAAAAAUGAAUACAAACAAAGCAAUGAGAAUCUUUGUAAUGAAAAGAUUGAUCAAGAUGAAAUUGCAGCUUUACUUGAAGAAGCGGAAGAAUUUAUUGAAAACUAUGAAAAUGAGCACACCAAAAAUGUUGAAGAACAGACAGAAGACAGGAGUGUUGCAAGUAUUUAUGAACAAUUGAGACAGAGAAAUGAUGAUGAUAAUUGCGAUCAAGAUCCCAAUCCAAAUGAAAAAUAUCAGAAUGAUGAAGAUUUAAAUGAAAAGAUUCAAGAAAUUGAGGAAGACAUACAAAAAGACAAGGAAGAUGUCGAAUCACUUAACGAUGAAGAACAAAUCAAGGAAACACGCAAAACAUAUCAGGAAAAUGACGAUUUAAUUGAUCAAAUUCAAGAUGAAAUCAAAGAAUGUGAAAAUCAAGUCAACGAUGUUCGCGAAUUUGUGGCAAAUUUGGAUGAUAAUGAAAAUGAAAAUAAUGAAUCUGAUAAUAAUUCGGACGAAUCAAGUGACAACGAUAAUGAUGAAAAUGAUGAAGUGAAUAAAGAGGACAUAUUCAGUCCAAGGAAAACCAGGAGUGGUAAAUCUUAUGUUCAAGAUGGAAUAAAAAUGAGACCACCCGAACGCAAUAAUUGGGAUCGACCAAGGUAUAAUCAACAAUACCUGAACCAAAAGAAACUGAAGUCCAAUUUGUUAAAGAACAGGAGUGCAAUGAGAAAAAAGGAAAAAGUCAAGAAAUUGAAAGGUUAUUUGAAUGACAUAGUUUCAAUGAAGGAAAAUUCAAGGAAAAGGAUUCUGAAAAAAGAGUCGAAAUACAAUCUACUAUUCCAACAGGUUGGAAGUGACAAGAAAGCCGAAUAUGGAAAAGAUAAGGCAACUCUGAUUGCGCAAUUCAUGCAACAAAUCAAGGAUAAAGUUCAAAAUGAAGGAGUAUUGUUUAUCCAACAAUACUACCUAAAUAAGGGACUGAAAUUAUUUAAAGAUGAAGGUAAUAAGGCUGUGAUGAAAGAACUUGACCAAUUGAUACAAAGAGAAUGUUGGGAACCAAUUCAUGUUGAAGACAUGGCUGAUUUGGGAAAAAGAAGAGCCCAAGAUGCUAUGAUGUUAUUAGCAGAGAAAAACACUGGUGAAAUAAAAGGAAGAUGUGUAUACAAAGGAUAUGGAACUCAAGAAUGGCUAUCUUGA